CGUUCCGGGUCGCGGGGGCCCGCGGCUUCCGGGGGCGAUGCCGCCGUUCGGGUCGGGGCUGCUGGUGCUGACGGCUCCGCUGGCAGCGCUGCCCCGGCGGGCGGCGGCGGCGCUGGCGGCGGCCGCGGGGCUGGUGGCGGGGCCGCUGUACGUGCACCUGCAGCCGGGGCUGCGCCUCGCCGCGGCCCCGCCGCCGCUCCCCGCGGCCCCGCCGCCCGCCGGCCCCGCGCUGCUGCGGGCUCUGGCCGCGCUCUACGCGGCGGCGGCGCGGCGCGGGAUGGACGUGCGCGUCCUGCUGGACCCCGGCCGCCGCCUGGCCCGGCCGCCCCGCGUCCUGCUGCUGCCCGCCAACGAGGCGCCGGGGCCGCCGGGGCCGGUGCAGCUCGGGCUGCAGAGCUUGGCCACCGCCGCCUACGGCUGCGCCCCGGACCUGCCCGCGCUGCUGCUGGGGGACCCCGCGGGGGACCUCGAUGGGGACCCCAAGGAGGACCCCGAGUGCGGUCCCGAUGCGGCGCUUCCCAACUUCUCCGGCGUGGCGGUCGGCGGCACCUUCGACCGCCUGCACGGCGCCCACCGCCUCCUGCUCAGCACUUGCUGCCUUCUGGCCCGGGACCGGCUCCUGGCCGGGGUGGCCGACGGCGACCUGCUCCGCCACAAGGUCCUGAUGGAGCUGAUCGAGCCGUACGAGCUGCGGGUGGCAAAGCUGCGCGAGUUCCUGGAGGACGUGAAGCCGUCGCUGCGCUACGACAUCGUGCGGCUCAUCGACCCCUACGGCCCCAGCGUCACCGACCCCGACCUGCAGUGCCUGGUGGUCAGCCAGGAGAGCCGCCGUGGUGGGGAGGCCGUGAACCAGCUGAGACUUGAGAAUGGGCUCCCCGCGCUGGCUCUCUAUGAGAUCCUGCUGAUGCAGGACCCCGACCACAGUGAGAACGAGGAGGAGAAGAUCAGCUCCUCCAGCCUGCGGCACCGGCUGCUGGGGACGCUGCUGCGGCCCCCACGGCAAGACCCUGCCCUGCCUUCGCACCCAUACGUGAUCGGCCUGACCGGAGGAACCGGGAGUGGGAAAACGUCCAUCGCCAGGCUCCUGGGCGGCCUGGGAGCGUUCCUCAUCGACGCUGACAAGCUGGGCCACGCUGUCUAUGUCCCCGGUGGCCCUGCCUACAAGCAGGUGGUGGCGACCUUUGGUGCAGAAAUCCUGUCUGAAGAUGGGACAAUCAACAGGAAAGUCCUUGGGGCCAAAGUGUUUGGAAACCAGGAGCGGCUGAAGAGCCUCACAGACAUCGUGUGGCCCAAGAUAGCGCGGCUGGUGAAGGAGCAGAUCAGGGAGGCAGAAGCUCAAGGCAAGGCCGUGUGCGUGCUGGACGCUGCCGUGCUGCUGGAGGCUGGCUGGCAGGACAUGGUCCAUGAGGUGUGGACGGCUGUCAUCCCGGAGGAUGAGGCCGUGCGGCGCGUGAUGGCGCGGGACGGGCUGAGCGAGGAGGCGGCUCGGAGCCGGCUGCGGAGCCAGAUGAGCAAUGGGCAGCGCGUGGAGCGGGCGCACGUCGUGCUCUGCACGCUCUGGGAGCCCGACAUCACCCGCAAGCAGGUGGAGAAGGCCUGGGAGCUCCUGCAGCAGCGCCUGCCCCAAGCGCGCAGCCCCUGAGGGAUCCGCGCCUCCUGCCCG